GUCUGUUGUCUACCUGUUUGCUGGGUGAGGAUCUCGGCCUACUCCACCUGGUCUGUUGUCUACCUGUUUGCUGGGUGAGGAUCUCGGCCUACUCCACCUGGUCUGUUGUCUACCUGUUUGCUGUGUGAGGAUCUCGGCCUACUCCACCUGGUCUGUUGUCUACCUGUUUGCUGGGUGAGGAUCUCGGCCUACUCCACCUGGUCUGUUGUCUACCUGCUUGCUGUGUGAGGAUCUCGGCCUGCUCCACCUGGUCUGUUGUCUACCUGCUUGCUGUGGGAGGAUCUCGGCCUGCUCCACCUGGUCUGUUGUCUACCUGCUUGCUGUGUGAGGAUCUCGGCCUACUCCACCUGGUCUGUUGUCUACCUGUUUGCUGGGUGAGGAUCUCGGCCUACUCCACCUGGUUUGAGGCCAAUAUUCGGGAGCUACGGACAUUAGCUAACUGCAUGCAAAUAUGGAUGCCUAGCUGGUUAGCUGUGUCGCUCUACCUGGAAAAUUGACAGUUCAUUGCAUCGAAUUUUUCUUUAACUGGGUGGAUUCAGUUUUAGGGGGCGUGGCCGACGUGAGCUCCUCCUCUACAUGUGGGAACACAAGUACACGCACACACACCGUGGGAAACAGAGAGAGAGAUGAAUAGCUCAGAGAAGAUACAGGAUCAGUAGAACUUCGUACAGACACAGACAGAGUAAGCGCGCGCACGAGAGAUGAACCACACAGGGCACCCUGACCAUUGUGAUGAUGACCUCUGGGUUCGUGAAGGUUCUCCCACCACCUCCAUGCUCAUGUUCUCCGCCGGGGUUCUCGGGAACGCGGCUGCGCUCGUGCUGCUGGAGGUCCGGCGCAGGAGGAGGACGCAAAGCGCGCGAGGUCAGCGCUCUUCCUGCCAGCUGUUCCAGGUGUUGCUCACCGCUCUGCUCGUCACCGACCUGCUGGGCACGUGCUCGGUCAGCCCGCUGGUAAUCGCGGCGUACACGCGGAACGAGUCUGUGCGCGCGCUGGGCGGAAGCGUGGACGCGUGCCAGCACUUCGGCUUCUCCAUGACGUUCUUCAGCCUGGUGACGCUCGCGCUGUUGCAGUGCAUGGCGCUCGAGCGGUGUCUCUCCAUCGCUGCGCCUUACUUCUACGAGAGACACCUGAGCGCGCGCUGCGGCUACCUGGCGCUCGCGCUGGUGUACGUGUCGGGCGCGCUCUUCUGCCUCGCGCCGGUCUUUAACUACAGCGCCUAUGUGCAGUACUGUCCCGGGACGUGGUGUUUCGUGGACAUCCUGUCCUCACAGCACGCGCACCUCGUCUACAAGAACCUGUACGCGUCCUGCCUGCUCCUCAUGAUCGCGUGCACUGUGCUGUGCAACGUCUGCGUCAUCUACCACCUCGUGCUCAUGUACCGGAGGCGCGAGCUGCACCGGGGCUCCGCGCGCAGGUUCAGAGCCUCCACGCGCUCACUGGCGGAGGAGCUCGAGCACCUGGUCCUGCUCGCUUUCAUGACCAUCACCUUCCUCAUCUGCUCACUUCCGCUCGUGAUCCGUGUGUAUAUCAGCUCUUUCACAGCGGACCACACUCUGGACCUGACUGCUCUUCUGCUGCUCUCCAUGAACCCGAUACUCGACCCCUGGGUUUUUAUUCUGCUCAGCCCCCCUGUGCCCCGCCUCCUCUGGGGGGCAGUGUGUAAGGUCCUGAGGCCACGCCCCCUGGAUAACAAGGUCCCCCUAUCAGUCUGCACACACACACAGACCAUCCCCGUGCAGACAUGAGACACUUCAGGACAUUUACAGAAAGAACACAUUUAUACGCACACACAGACUGCUGAGUGCUACAGGAGUGUGUGUGUGUGUGGUGUGUGUGUGUGUGUGUGUGUUUGAUGGACUCAGUAUGUGGAUCACACUGUGUGAAGUUGAGAAGCUCUAUGUAUGAAGUUUGAGUUUUGUGGAAACAGUGACAUCAUCAUUGUCUCCUGAUGACAUCAUUAAGGUUCUGAAGAGACCAGGUGCUGAAUGUUCCUGACUCUGUGGAGAAGUAAACAAGCAAAUAACACAUUAAACAAACACACAAGCUGACAGGCACUAAGGGACUUUGGAAACUUCUGAAGAUAGUUUGAAGCACAUUCCAGGUGAAGACCUCGUGAGUGUGAUGUGUGAAUGCCUCAGGUUUGUAAAGCAGCAUUAAAGCUAAAUGGAGCUACUUUGUGUAAAAUAUAAAACAUAUUCUGGGUUCUUUACCACGUUUUUCUUUAUCACGGAAUUCCAAGGUUUUCUUUCAUAGUUUAGAUGUUAGUAUUAUAGAUGUAGAUGAAUAGAUUUUUCAGUAUUAAUGUACAAUGUUGAGAAUAAUAUAAAUAAGGGAAAACCCACUAAAGGAGAAGCUGAAUUCAAACUUCUGACUGGUGCUGUAGAUGUCAGGUGUUUGUGAAGCAGCUGUGAUGUCAGUGAUUGUGUUCUCACACUUGUGACACAGGCUUGAGUGGGCGGAGCUGAGUGAUACUGAAUGAGACUGUUGGGGUUUGAUGUUGUAGGAAUCGAAUUGUGUGUUUAUUUAUGAUUGUAUAAAUGGUUUUAAUGAAAGACUCUGUGCCGUGUUUAUUAUUGUUCAAGUAAAGUUUUAUAUUAAAAGUGUAAAUGUGAAUAAAAACUUCACAGCAUAUUACAAACA